AUGUCUGUCUCCAAUCUCCAAGCUUGGGCUGAGAAUGAAGCAAAUGAAUUGAUGAAGAAGUAUGACAAAAACGGUGAUGGCGUGCUCAGUAAAGAAGAGCUACAAUUCUUUCUCCGUGAUGUUCGAGGGUCAACUCGACUCAAAAAUCGAGAAAUUUUAUCUAAGGUCCCAAAGACAAACGACAAUGCUGCGCACAUGAUAAGCUCUAAUGCUCGUACAAAAGUUCUUAGUGAAAAGGCAUCUGAUGAGCCACUUAGUAGAGAGCAAAUAAAAAAGAUUUUCAAAUAUUACGAUAGCAACAAAGAUGGUUUUCUCAACAAAAGAGAGGUAACAAAAGCUUUUAGUUUUCUAGGCUCGAUUAAUCCAUACUACAGGGCUCAGUACGCUUUGGAUUAUGCUGAUGCUAAUAAUGAUGGUCUUAUCAAUGAAGAUGAGCUUGACAAACUCAUAGAUUAUGCUAGUAAAAUCAUCCCGAAGAAAUGA